CCGAAAACACUUGCUUGGCGCCAAAAUUUUUAUUUUAACGGUCACAUUUCAGUGUAGAAACAGAGAAGCAGAUAGUAGAGAGAGAGAGAGAGAGCUAUCAAUCACACUUUCAAUGGCGGAUUCAUCACAUGGUCGUGCGAGCUUCAGCAAUCAAGCCAAUGCUUUGCUCAGAAAAAACUUGACUUUUCAGAAACGAAAUAUCAGGGCAAAUCUUCGGCUCAUCUUUUUCCCAUUUUAUUUCUGCUUGAUACUUGUUUUGGUCCAAACUUUGGUUAACAAGGAACUGGAUAAACCCAAAAACAAGUGUGGGUGCACUUGUAUUGAUACCAAUGGGGAUGGUAAAUGUGAGAGGGUGUGUGGGAUUGAGUACUCGACUUUGGAUCAAGUGAGCAGCUGUUCCAUUCCUAGUCCCCCAGAGUGGCCUCCCUUGUUGCAAAUACCAGCUCCUGAGUUUCGUGCAGUUAGAACCGAUUUUCUUUCAUUCACAGACUUGCCUGAUGAGUCUUGCAGGAGUUCGGGGUCCUGUCCUGCAACUAUUCUUUUUACCGGGAAUAAUCAAUCUCUUGGACAAAGUUUGGCUGGAAAUAUGUUCCCUAGUUCUUCCACUUUGAAUUCCUCUGAUAUUUUGUAUAGCUUAGCCAAUGAUGUAUCAGGAUCAGAAACAAUGACUGGAUAUUUCAAUUUUCUUGACCCAGCUUUCUUUUCAAAUUAUCCACUUUAUCGCCUCCAACAACAGUGCUCUACAAAUUCUACAACUUCUGUUACAAUCCAGAUUACAUCCAUUUCAGCACCGGCAGAGAUUAGAUGUGCUCAAGGUCUACAUUUGUGGCGCAAUAAUUCUUCUGAAAUUAAUGAUGAGCUAUAUAAGGGAUUCUGGAAGGGAAAUUCAGAACGGAAAAUUGAUGAGAUGGUAGCAGCCUAUGAUUUCUUGAACUCAAGUUUGAAUAACUUCAAUGUGAGUAUAUGGUACAAUUCUACCUAUAAGAAUGACACUGGCAAUGGUCCUCUAGCAUUGAUGCGGGUUCCUCGCUCAGUGAAUUUGGUCUCAAAUGCCUACCUCCAAUUUUUGCUUGGCCCUGCUACAAAUAUCCUAUUUGAUUUUGUCAAAGAAAUGCCCAAGCCUGAAACCCAACUCAGGCUGGAUUUCGCUUCUCUCCUUGGACCACUCGUCUUCACAUGGGUCAUUAUCCAAUUAUUCCCUGUCAUAUUGACAUCUCUGGUUUAUGAGAAGCAACCGAAGCUAAGAAUCAUGAUGAAAAUGCAUGGGCUUGGCGAUGGCCCUUAUUGGAUGAUUUCUUAUGCUUAUUUUCUUGUCAUAUCUUCAGCCUAUAUGUUAUGUUUUGUGAUAUUUGGCUCAGUUAUAGGUUUAAAAUUCUUCACACUCAAUGAUUACAGCAUCCAAUUUGUGUUUUAUUUCAUCUACAUAAACUUGCAAAUUUCACUGGCUUUUCUAAUAGCUUCCGUUUUCUCAAAUGUGAAGACCGCUGCAGCUGUAGCAUACUUUAUCGUCUUCGGAAGUGGGCUCUUAGGAGGCUUUCUUUUCCAGUUCUUUAUUGAAGAUCCAUCAUUCCCAAGAGGCUGGAUUGUUGUUAUGGAGUUAUAUCCCCGCUUUUCUCUAUAUCGUGGGUUAUAUGAGUUUUCACAACAUUCCUUCAUGGGAAAUUAUAUGGGGACUAAAGGGAUGCGCUGGGGAGACAUAAGUGAUAGCAAUCAUGGGAUGAGAGAUAUUUUAAUAAUUACGUUUGUGGAGUGGUUGGUGGUUCUGUUUGUUGCAUUUUACAUAGAUCAAGUUGUAUCAUCAGGAAGUGGUGUUGGAAGAAGUCCUCUAUUUUUCUUGGAAAAGUUUCGGAAAAAGCCUUUGUCAUCUUCAUCCAUGAGGAAACCAAGUCUGAGAAGGCAAGGAUCUAAAGUUUUUGUUCAAAUGGAGAAACCUGAUGUUGCCCAAGAGGCAAAGAGGGUUGAACAGUUGCUACUUGAGCCAACAGCAAGUCAUGCUAUCAUCUGUGAUAACCUCAAAAAGGUGUAUCCAAAAAGGGAUGGAAACCCUGAAAAAUAUGCAGUGAGAGAGUUGUCACUUGCUUUGCCUCAAGGGGAAUGCUUUGGUAUGCUUGGCCCCAAUGGUGCUGGCAAAACCUCUUUUAUUAAUAUGAUGAUUGGGCUUCUAAAGCCAAGCUCUGGCACGGCAUAUGUUGAAGGUUUGGAUAUACAGACCCAGAUGGAUGAAAUAUAUACCAGCAUGGGCGUAUGUCCACAACACAACCUACUCUGGAAAAAUCUAACUGGAAGAGAGCACUUACUUUUCUAUGGAAGGCUUAAAAACCUUCGAGGGUCUGCAUUAACCCAAGCAGUGGAAGAAUCUCUUAAGAGCGUCAACCUAUUUCAUGGAGGGGUUGCUGACAAACAGGCCGGGAAAUAUAGUGGAGGUAUGAAGAGGAGGCUUAGUGUCGCCAUUUCACUAAUUGGGGAUCCGAAGGUUGUCUAUAUGGAUGAGCCUAGUACUGGACUAGAUCCAGCUUCAAGAAAGAGUUUAUGGGAUGUUGUGAAGCAAGCUAAACAAAAUCGAGCAAUCAUUCUCACUACACAUUCAAUGGAGGAGGCAGAACAUCUGUGUGAUCGCCUAGGAAUUUUUGUUGAUGGAAGCCUGCAGUGCAUAGGAAAUCCCAAAGAGUUGAAGGCUAGAUAUGGAGGGUCUUACGUGUUCACAAUGACGACAACAUCAAAUCAUGAGGAGGAAGUGGAGAACUUGGUACAACAUCUGUCCCCCAAUGCUAACAAGAUAUACCAUUUAUCGGGGACUCAAAAGUUUGAGCUGCCAAAACAAGAGGUCAGAAUUGCAGAUGUUUUCCAAGCAGUUGAGAAUGCAAAGAGCAGAUUCACCGUUCAUGCAUGGGGUCUUGCUGAUACUACCUUGGAGGAUGUCUUUAUCAAGGUUGCUCGCGGGGCUCAAGCAUUCAAUGUGCUCUCAUAAUUCUCAAAUAUGAUCGCCAAUAUCUCUACUUAUAUAUAUAUAUACAUAUAUGUUUAUGUCUGUUCAUAUGGUUUUAUGCAUUUUGUGUUUUAUGUUAUUUUGCUUCAAAAACAGUGUAUGUAUUGUAGAAUUGUAUUCUUUAAUGGCAUUAUUAUGAAUACCCUGAAGUUUGAAA